AUGCAAGCACAAUCAUGCAGUGAGAUCUGCAUGCUAGAAAUUAUAGUUCAGUUCACUCCGCAUUUCCAUAAGGCGUUCACGGGUGGUAAUCUGGACCCCCGCUUCCUCGACUAUCUUACGGAAUCAUAUACCGGAGUCGCUCAGGCAUGCCCUAACUCAAACCCCGGCAUCACCCUGAACACCCGCGCCACUGACUCGUGCAUUGAAUUUGAGCUUCUCGAGGUCCCUUGUGAUAUUCGUUCAGAUGAGAAUAACUGUAUCUGGAAGAACAGCAAGAAUCAAUGUUGCAACGGCGGCAUUGACUGCAGCUCCACAUCCGAGCAGACUCUCCCUGCCGCCGCCGACCACGCCGACCACGACCACCACGAUGACGACGACGAGGAGGAGGAUAUCUACGACGAGCUUUAG